CUGCUUUCACAAGAGAAGAAAGAAACAAUGGCUGCGACCCGAACCAUCGUGGAAGCGAUUCACUCAUCGGCGACGCAAGCCGUCGUGUAUCUUUCUGGCGGUGCCUCUCAGUCUUUAGGUUGGUUAAUGUCAGUUCCAGGAGCUUCCAACACACUUCUUGAAUCCGUGGUUCCGUAUUCUAUGAUCUCUAUGGUCCAAUUACUCGGAAGGGUUCCAAACCAUUACUGUAGCCAAGAAAUGGCGAAUGAGAUGGCUUUGUUAGCUUAUAAUCGUGCUCUUAAGCUUUCUAAACCAGGAUGUGCGGUUCUUGGUGUUGGUUUUACGGGAACAUUAGCAACUUCUCGUCCAAAGCGGGGGGAUCACAGGUUUUUUUUGUCGAUAAGAGGAUCCGACCGGAUAUGGGAAACUUCAGUUACUCUAACAAAGGGAAAACGAACCCGAGAGGAAGAAGAUAAAGUGGCAAGCUGUGUACUGAUUCAGGCUAUGGCCAAAGCAUGCCAAGUUUCUGAGACACUUGACUCUGGCUUGACUGAGUUUGAGGUGCCCAAUGAGUCUGAAACCCAUUUUAGUGAAGAAGAAGAGCUAGAGCAGCUUAUAGGUGGACAAGUGUGCUCUAAGAUUUAUCCAUUUUCUAAGGAAUCGUACGGGUCGGAUAAAGAUAGAAAGAUUAUACUGCCUGGUUCUUUUAACCCAUUACAUGAGGGUCAUCUUAAGUUGUUGGAAGCUGGUAUGAGUGUUUCUGAGGGCGGAGGGUAUCCAUGUUUUGAAAUAUCUGCAGUAAAUGCAGACAAACCAUCGCUUACAGUUGCAGAGAUUAAAGAUCGUGUCAAGCAAUUUGAAGUACUUGGAAAGACGGUAAUAGUUUCAAAUCAGCCAUUCUUCUACAAGAAAGCUGAACUCUUCCCAGGAAGCAGUUUUGUAAUUGGUGCCGACACUGCAUCAAGGCUCAUAAAUCCAAAGUACUACGAAGGAAGCGAGAAAAGAAUGUUGGAGGUACUAGGUGAUUGCAAACGAACAGGCUGCAAGUUCCUUGUUGGUGGCCGCAAUGUAGACGGUGUAUUUAAGGUUCUUGAUGAUCUUGAUAUUCCUGAUGAAAUAAACGAUAUGUUUAUCUCAAUUCCAGAAAACACAUUCCGGAUGGAUAUAUCAUCUACAGAGCUAAGAAAGAAGCAAGGAGGUUCUGUUUCAUAAUGAUACGAAAUAAUGACUUCUCGACGAUACACAUGAAAGUCCCUAUUGUCCUAUUGUAUUGUUUAAAAAUUGUAAAACUAAAUAAUUAAAUACAACAAAUUUGAUAUUCAAAUAUAUCGAAAUCUACAAUUUACAGUUUCAUA